AUGCUCCCCGCCAAUGCUGUCGCCCUCAGGGCGCUGCGUGGCUUUAGAGCAACUCCGCCUUCCCUGCACUUCCGACUCUUCAGUGUCUCGACCGUCCGCCGGAACGAAAAGCCGCAGCAGUCGUUCAAAAGUCAGCUGUAUGAAAGCACCCAGCAACGACUCAAGCGCGAGCGCACCGAGCAGGAGCGAUUCGCCCAAUAUCAGACCCAGGCCCCUGGUGGUCGCUAUGCCGCCCUGAUGUUUGCCUUGGUCUUUUUCUCCGGCAGUGCGUACUAUCUAGGGUCACUUAAGCCGGCAGCUCUCCCCAAGUCGUCAACAAGCUCGCUUGCAGAUAUCGACGCUCCCCAACACAAUGUCUCGCCCUCCAACCUCCAGGCGGCGUGGGCGGAUUUCAUUGAUAUUCUCGGUAAGGAGAACGUCUCGACUGCGCUCGGCGACUUGGAAAUGCACGCGGGCUCGGAUUGGUCAUCUUACUCACACGGGAAAAACGAAAUGCCGUUUCUGAUUCUAUAUCCGUCGAGCACGGAAGAAGUCUCUCGGAUAAUGAAAAUCUGCCACCAACGCGUCAUCCCCGUCACGCCAUACUCGGGCGGCACGAGCUUGGAGGGCCAUUUUGCCUCGACCAGAGGAGGCGUAUGCGUUGAUUUCCGUCGUAUGGAUCGCAUACUGGGGCUUCACAAGCGCGAUUUGGAUGUGGUGGUGCAGCCGGCCGUCGGCUGGGAGGACUUGAACGAGGAGCUGUCCAAGGAAGGAUUAUAUGGGACCAUGCGUGAGUGGGUUCUCUCGUUGACCGUUGUUCUCGCCGAUGGAACAAUCAUCAAGACUCGACAGCGGCCUCGGAAAUCAAGUGCUGGCUAUGAUCUCACCAAACUAUUCAUUGGGAGCGAGGGUACCCUCGGUCUUAUUACGGAGGCUACGUUGAAGCUCACCGUGAAGCCUCAGAGUCAGAACGUUGCUGUUGCAAGCUUCCCGUCCAUUCACAGUGCGGCCGAGUGCGUGACACGGGUCGUGGAGGCGGGAAUCCCUGUCGCCGGAUUAGAGAUCUUGGACGAUGUGCAGAUGAAGUGCAUCAAUGCCAGCCAGACCACCAGCCGGCAGUGGAAGGAGUCGCCUACCUUGUUCUUUAAAUUUGCCGGCACCCCCGUGGCAGUGAAAGAGCAGAUCGGGCUAGUGCAGAAGAUUGUGUCUAAAGCCGCCGGCCGAUCAUUUGAGUUCGCUCGCGGAGAAGAAGAAAUGCAGGAGCUUUGGAGCGCUCGCAAGCAGGCGCUGUGGAGUGUCAUGGCGAUGAAGAGGAGCCCUGAUGACCAUGUCUGGACAACAGACGUAGCAGUCCCGAUGAGCAAACUCCCCGACAUCAUUGAGGCUACGAAAGAAGACAUGACGCAAAGCCGGCUGCUGGCCGGCAUCUGUGGCCAUGUUGGAGAUGGCAAUUUUCAUGCCAUUAUUUUGUUCAGCGACAGCGAAAGGAAGGUUGCUGAAGGUGUCGUCCACCGAAUGGUAAAGCGGGCCGUGGAGAUGGAGGGCACAGUAACAGGAGAACAUGGAGUUGGCCUUGUCAAACGAGACUAUCUGGAGCACGAACUGGGCGAAUCCACCGUGGAUGCCAUGCGCCGUUUGAAACUGGCCUUCGAUCCACUCCGUCUGCUCAACUGUGACAAGGUGGUCCGAACGGAGCGGCCCGCGGCCGGAGAAGUCAAAGAAUGGUAA